AUGGAAGGCCCGGGCUCUGGCGACUCCGGCUCCCCACGGGGCGACGCGCCCGCCCUGCUCCCGCCGGCACCGCCCGCCCUCCCGGCCCCGUCCGCUGGUGAUCCCGCCGCCCCCCUCUCCCCGCCUCCCCCUCCUCGCCGUCCCCUGGACCCCCAGGUAGGGUGGUCUGGGCGGAUCUGGCUGAGGACGCCGACCGCGCCGCCGGCCGGCCGGUGGAGUGCCGCGACCGGGUCCCCCGCCCGCCCCGGCGCGCCCGCCGCCGUCCCGCUCUGCCGGCGGCCUUACUCCCGGGGGUGGGAGUUCGGCUGCCCGGGCGCGGACGAGGCCUCCCCGCCGGCUGCCGCGUGCUCCGCCGGGCGUUGGGGAGAAAGGCAAGGACUUGGGCCCCGGGAUUGGCCGCCGUCGCCGUCGGAACGCUGGCUGGGGUGUCGCCGGCCGAGCCGACUUUGGCCCCGCUCGCUCGUCGUGGUGCUCCUCUGGCCGGCUCGCCCUGGCCCGGCCGGCCGCGCCGCCGCCGCAAGUUGUCGGCUCCCCCGCGCUCUCCCGGCGCUCCCCCUUUCGCCCCUUCAUUACUUUCUUCGGCUCCUCAAGACUGUGCUGCUCGACGUCUCCCCGUCGCCCUGCCUCGCCUCGCCACCCCCCUCGCCGGCCAUCGGCCGCCUUACCCGCGCUGGCGGCGGCUGGGGAUGCCCUAGCUGGGCGCAUGCCGCCUCCUCCCCCCCGCGCCCGCUCCUCGUCUGCAUCCUCCUGCUCCCUCCUCCCGUCCCCGUCGCCCCUCCGUCCCCACCUCCCGCCGCGGCCCCUCCGCCCAUCCCCAUGACGCGGGACUGGGGAGAUGGCUCUGGGCGCCCCAAGCGCCCCCUCGAGGAGUCCCGCGCGACCUCCCGCGCCUCGCCGGACGGCAACCGCCGGGAGGUUAACCUCCGUCGCCAGCUGACCUCCCAGGAGCCCCGGCGUUCCCCGGCGCGCGACGCUCGGCGCUCCCGCUCCCCGCCCGCGACUCCCGGCGCUCCCCUCCGCGCGAUUCGCGCCGUUCCCCGCCCCGUUUUGACCGGCGCUCCCCGGCGCGCGGAGAUGGCCGGCGCUCCCCGCAGCGGGAUGUGGACCGGCGCUCUCCCGCCCAGGAGAGCUGCCGCGACCGCCCCCGCUCCCCUUCGCCCGUCCGUCGUCGUGGCCGCUCGCCGUCGCCCUCCCGGCCGCUCCCCGUUAGCGCCGAGGCGGCCCCUCCGCGCCCCUACCAGCCCUCCCGCAACCAACCAAGCUUGCCUCCCGGCCAGGGGGGCGCUGGGGCUCGGGCUCGCCAAGAUCGAGUGCCCCAACCUGCCGAUGUGCUACCUCUGCAAGGGCUCGAGCCACCCCGCGGCCCUCUGCCCGGACCGCCCGGUGUCGGAGGAGCUCAUGAUGUACGGCCACGGCAUUGAGGGUCUCGGCUUCUUCCACAUCGAGGUCGAGGACGUCCCUCCCCCAUCCCCGUCACUCCUUGCGGUCGUGACCAUUGACUGGCAAGUGACUCCGACCUCGGACAGCUCCUUCACUGUGGUCUUCCCCGACGCCCUUAGCCUGGGCCUCUGCACCCGUAGCGACGACAUCACCCUCGCCCUCAACAAGCUCGUCGUCAACAUCUCUGAGCCCCUGAUGGACCCCAAGGCUGUGGCCGUGCUGGAUACUACUUGGAUCCUCAUCGCUAGCCUCCCCGACAUUGCUCGCUCUGAGAAGGUGAUCUGCAGUAUGUCCAAGCUCCUGGGUAAGGUGGUGGUGGUGGACGAACUCUCUCUCCGCAAGGAGGAGGAGGUCCGUGUCAAGGUCAAGUGCCUGGACUCCUCCACCCUCCGUGCCACCGUCCGAGUCUUCUUCAACGACCAGGGUUUCGACCUCAAGAUCUACCCCGAGCCUCCCAAACACAUCGGCCGCCCCCGACGCUUCACUGAGGACCACUUUGCCGGGGGAAGCGCGGACCACCGCGACGACUCCCACUACCGCCGUCCGCGCCCCUCCCGCCACGAGGACCCGGAGGACGACGAUGAGCGCUCGGGCUGCAGCCGCUCCCCCUCGCCCAUCCCUUCGGACCCCCCUCCGGGGCGCGGGCAUUCGGGAGCGGGCCGGUUGCGGGGGUUGGCCUCCGUCGAGGUGGCCCCGGCCGCGCUGCCCGACUCCUCCCCCUCCUCUUCGGCCGAGCUCAGCGACAUCUCCAGCGUCAGUCUCAUUGUCCUCCCGGCAUCUUCGUCGCGCUCGCCGUGCCUCUCCACCGAGGCCGCCCCGCCACCUCCGCCCCCGACGGUGGCCUCUCCGCUGCUGUCGGGCUCGCCGGCGUUGGAUCCUGCCCCCCUUGGGUCUGCCCCGGCUGACCCUCCUGGGGAGGAUCCUCCGUCGCCUCCCGCCUCUCCACCGGCUUCCGCUCCCGCCCCGGUGGCCGACCUGCCUGCCCCGGACCCGCCCUCCCUCGACUUGGCGGGGUCCGAUGCCCUGCUGGCGCCACCGGCUCCAGCGUCCCCGCCGCGCCUGCUCCUGGUGCAUUCCGCUGAUGUGGCCAGCCCUGUCGCCUCCCACCCGCCUCGGUCGGUUCCGUACGUCCGCCGGGCUCGGGCCUCGUCGACUCCGGUGACUGCCUCCCGCCGCAGUGCCCGACUCGACACGGACCGCCCGGCCGGCCUCCCGGUUCCGUCCAUCUCAGAGCGGGCGGAGAUCCGGGCUGCGGCCCGGAACCUCGAGACAGGUGCAUCCGACACCCCCUCCAGUUCAUCCUUCUGCUCAUUUUCUGCGCUCGAAGCGAUCCCGCAGGGCCGCCUCGCCAAGCUUGACAGCCUUAGCUCCCACCUGUUCGCCUGGCAUUGGCUCCCUUCUAGUGGGAACAAUGGCCACUCGGGUGGCAUCCUCUUAGGUGUUAAGGAUGCCACCUUUGAGGUGGGAGGUAUGGAUCGGGGCGAGUUCUUCAUUAGUAUGGAGAUCUUCGAGCGUGCGCUCAACUUUAAAUGGGAGGUCAUCAUCGUCUACGGACCGGCAGACCACAACCGCUCCCCGACAUUCCUCGCCGAGCUGCAGCAGAAGAUCUCCGCUUCCCCCCUCCCUGUUGUGGUGGGAGGUGACUUUAACCUCUUCCGCUCCCCGGAUGAGAAGAACAAUGACCGGGUUAAUCGCCCCCGGAUGCAGAUGUUUAACGACUGCAUCGCGGAGCUGGGCCUCCGUGAGCUCGAGCGCACGGGGGCCCGGUUCACCUGGACUAACCGCCAGGCGAACCCGACGUAG